AUGAAGAAAUAUUUCAAUUAAUUCAAUAAACGAUUGCAACAUGUAGGAUUGACACUUCGAGAUGUGAAUGCUGAUGGAAAUUGUCUCUUUAGAGCUAUAGCUGAUUAACUAACUGGAAAUGAGGAAAAUUACAAUAAGUAUCGUUCAAUGGCAAUCAAAUAGCUUUAGAAAAAUCAAAAUUUUUUCUCUAAUUUUCAUCAUGAAAGUUCUACUACUUUCAAUGAAUACACUAAACAAAUGUCUGAAGAUGGAAUAUGGGGAGGACAUUUGGAACUAUAAGCUCUGAGUAAUUCAUUAUAAAUAGACAUUAUUGUUCAUACUAAGGAUAAUUAUUAUAUUAUAAAACAUAUGCCAAUAAAGACUUGUUGUUCAAUUCUUAAAGAUAAAUUAUCAAUGUAUUUGAAUAUUUAAAAAUUUCCCAUUUAAAAAUAAAUACAUAUAGCUUUACAUAAAGAGAAAAAGAUUAUCAAUCACUAUUAAUCAGUUAGAUUAAUUGAUGAUAACACUAAUAAACCUGCCAAAUAACCAUAAAUCUAUUUUGAAUAAACUGAAUAAUCAACAAAUGAUGAACCUUAUUGA